CUACCAUCCCUGACACAGACACCCACACACAUACAUACAUUCGAAAGUGUUCCGUUGUGUUGUGGUGUGGCGUGGCGGCUGACGGACCGAGUUCAGUGGCCUGUGAGUUGAGCGGCCCCUCCCCGCCCACAUAGACAAACAUGGGAGGCACCACAGCGUCUGGCAGCUCCUCCACCGCCGGCGUGAUGCGAAGGUCAGGUUCUGCCAGUACCGCUGCUGCCAGAAGGUGCGUGGCGACCACUCGGUCUGCCAGAAGUGGUCCAAGUUCUGUGUGAACCAUCGAGGCGGAUGGUCGUCGAUGCGGCACUGGUCGGACAAAUCGUCGGCUGACUCGUCAUUGUCUACAGAUGGCAUCGCGGGCAU